GCAUGGCACAAACUUUCAUCCCGGGACGCAGCACGCUGUCUCCGGGAGCCCGCGCCACGGUCGCCGCCGCUGGUCCCAAGAGCUGUCGAAAUGGGUUGUAGUUUGAACAAGCUGGAGAAGCAUGAAGAGACGCGGCCUGGGAACAUUUACUCAACUCUCAAGAGACCUCAGGUGGAGACAAAGGUAGAUGUGACCUAUGAAUACCGCUUCCUAGAGUUCACCACGCUGACUGCCGCUGAGCUACCAAGGACCUCUGCUGUGAGGUUAACCUCUCUACGGGACCUGCCCACCCAGCUCCUGGAGCUGUACCAGCAAGGUUUCUCAUUGGCUGCCCUGCACCCCUUCGUGCAGCCAACCAACAGGCAAGAGAAGCUACUCCUGGAGCACAUCUUUAGGGCCAUCCUGGUCAAGAAAACCAGCAGGUCUCAGAAGGCUGAGCUUCACAAUGAAGGCUACAUCUUGGAACUGGAUGACUGCUCGUCCUUAGAACACCUGGCAGCCCAGAAGCUCAUCCCAGAGUUCAUUAAGAAGGUACAGGAGGCUGCAGGACGGGGCUUGAAGUUUGUUGGUGUGAUGCCUCAGUACCAGUCCUCUGUAAACUCUGCAGGCAGCAGCCGUUCGGUGCCCAUUGCCAACAGCCUUGCAGAUGCCAGGGAUGCGAAACACAACUUUGGGGACCAUGCAUCUCUGGAAAAUGAUAGCCCGAAGGCUGCAGAUGUGGGAGUGAACCUAAGGCCAGAGCCCAGCCCAGGCUCCACGGCGGAGGUGCCGAGUGUCCAGCAGCCUGGCAUUCCUACUCCCUCAGAAGAGGCAGAGGCUGGCGAGUUUCCGCUGCAGGAGUUGAGCCCAACACUGGAUGGACCAGAGGGUGACUCCUCAAAUGGACAUGAAGAGCUGCUCUCAAGGAAAACGGAGAUCUUCGCCUUCUUCAACAGACCGAAGAGCCAGCAGAAGUGUCGGCAGUACUAUCCCGUCACCAUCCCCCUCCAGGUCUCCAAGAACGGCCAGACAGUGAGCAGUCUGGAUGCCAGCUGGCUGGAGCACAUGAGUGACCAUUUCCGGAAAGGUGGUGUGCUGGUGAAUGCCGUCUUCCACCUUGGCAUGGCCAACGACUCCUUCUAUGGCUUGACAGAUGGAGUAUUCAUCUUUGAAGCUGUUUCCCCAGAAGAUAACAAACCCACACAGGGCUACGACGCUAUUGUUGUGGAACAAUGGACGGUCCUGGAAGGUGCAGAGGUGCAAACAGACUACAUACCCCUGCUGAACUCCCUGGCGGCCUAUGGAUGGCAGCUCACCUGCGUGCUGCCAACUCCCAUACUCAAGACUACCAGGGAAGGGAGUGUGUCCACCAAGCAAAUCGUGUUCCUUCAGAGACCAUGUCUACCUCAGAAAAUCAAGAAGAGGGAAUCCAAGUUCCAGUGGCGAUUCUCCCGGGAAGAGACACGCGGCAGGCAGACGAGGAAAUCCAAAGGUAAACGCAGUGCCAGAGACAAGCAGCAAGCAGAAGAGAAUGAGAAGAAUCUAGAAGAGCAGUUUCCCAAGGCUGGAGAUGUGGGGAACUGUGUGCUGGGGACACAGCAGAGGGGCAGGGAGAAAAGGCAGAGCUUGGGGGCUGUGCAGAAUGGUCCUGCUGGCCACAGCAGGGACUCGGUGGUCCCCAGCCACUCUAACCCCAGAGGGGAAGAUGAGCUUGCUUCAGGGCCUGCUCCAGCAGAGGCAAAUUGAUUUGUGCUAGGCCUGCAGUGGGAUGGCAAACCUUGGGAAGCUUGCUAGCAGCUGGUUUGUUCUGUGUUAUCCUUUGGCUUGACCCAUCGUUAGCUCAACAGGCCCUGUAAGGGCUGGUCUCUGGCAGUGUUCUCUUCUGAGCAUCCUCUGGAAAGCUGUCUUAAUGAUCACUUAUGUUAGAGUGCAAGGUUGGGCUGUUCCUUCUAGACCUCAGGGCUGGAGGUCUGGUCCCUCCGCUUCCCCAAGGGAGGGCAUGGACCAUGCAGUGCCUGUACUUCCCUACAGGGCUCCAGGGAACAUCUGGGUCAACUUCUAGGACAUCCUUCGCUACAAACCAAGGGUUUUCACUCACCCCUACAUGCACCUGAGCCCUGCAGCUCUGCAGGCCGCCCUCCACCACCCAAAACCCUGCAGCUCUGCGGCCUGUCCUCCACCUGAACCCCGCAGGAGACCCUGAUGCUUUGGAAGUUGACAAUGGUGGGUGGGGAGGGGAGGUACCCAAGCCCUCUGCCUUUCUCAGAGUAGUUCUAUAGAUACUGGUGAUCUGGAAACAGGGAAUUAUCUGUGCUCCUGCUCUUGCAGGGUGUUCAAGAAAGUAUUCUGUGUUAAUAUUAAUGCCAAAAAUGUUUUUAAAUUUUGUAUCCGACACAUCUCUGUCAUUUAGGGCAGUUGGUAAUUGGGUGCCCUUGUGUGCUAUUUUUUGUCAUUGACUGAGUUGUAUAUGGUGCCUGUCACUUUUUUACUGUCCAUAAAGUGUUGUUAAGGCUUUAAGUAGAUGCAUCUGGCAAACCUUGGAGAGAGAACGCCAUUGUCUCGAUGGAAAUGGCCUGUCUCUUUCUUGUUCAGUUACUUAAAGCAAUAAAUCAUCCGAGUUCUGUG